UUGUAAAAAUGGGGUUAUAGUUGGAAAUAUAAUAUGUAAACUAUAAAGAUAUUCAAUCAUGAGUUUAUUCAAAUUUGGUAACAAGUAUAUAUAUUUGCAUACAAUUACAUGUAACCAGAAAUUUUAGUUUUGUAGAUCAAGCAGACGAUGUCCUUCUCGGCUUGUGGUUGUGAAUCAGCCUGGAUAGGUCCAUCCAUAGAUGACAUCUGUUCAGGAAGCCAAUAUGUUGCAUUUAUGACCUUAGUCGACUUGAUUAUCAGAUAUGCCUGUGACGUUUCCGACCCUUGCGGACGCAUAGUCCCAAAACUCCAACCCGAUCCAGAGUACGACUUCAUAGUCAUCGGAGCUGGCAGCGGUGGUUCCACUGCCGCCGGUCGCCUGGCCGAAGUAUCCGGCUGGAAGAUCCUGCUUCUGGAAGCGGGCAUGGACGAACCACCUGCCACCCAAGUGCCGGCCGUACCCGCCUUUAAUAAUACCAUCCUCGACUGGAACUACACCACCACGGAGACGACGGCUUGUUUGAGCAACGGAGGAAUAUGUACUUGGCCCAGAGGGAAGGUUUUGGGAGGGUCUAGUGUGUUUAAUGGGAUGAUGUACACGAGAGGAACGAAGGCUGAUUAUGAUAGAUGGGUUGCAGCGGGUAACACCGAGUGGAGUCUUGAAAAACUAAUCCCCGUUUUCAAAUAUACGGAAAACAACACUCAGAUUGGCUCGCUAGUUUCCGAAGAGUACCACGGUACCGGAGGCCCAUUGACAAUCGAAAGAUACAACGAGGCACCCGAACUGGCCUACGACAUUUUGACAGCUGCCAAACAGACCGGAUUUCCCGUUAGUGACGAUCUCAAUGGAGAUAAAUUUCUAGGAUUUGCUAUUCCUCAAUUUAACACUAGAGAUGGCGUACGUCUUAGUCUGGCUAAGGCGUUUGUGCGGCCCCAUAAAGACAAUCCAAACUUUCAUGUGAUGCUCAAUUCUACAGUCACAAAAAUUAUUAUCAGCGAAAUCAACGGAACAAAGAGGGCAAGUGCAGUCGAAUUUGUCUAUGGUGGCCAAAAAUUCACUGUAAAUGUGUCUAAGGAAGUAAUUUUAUCUGCAGGAGCUAUUGCCACUCCACAAAUUCUUUUGCUAUCCGGCAUUGGCGACAAGGCUGUGCUUGACGAAGUUGGUAUUGAACAGGUCCAUAAUUUAACUGGUGUUGGUAAAGGUAUUAAAAAUCAUGUCUCCUUUUAUAUUGAUCUAAAAAUUAAUGAGCCCAACUAUGUUGACUUAAACAAUGUAACUCUUGAUGAAUAUUUGAAAUUGAAGAAUGGACCGCUCAGUUCUACAGGAUUGGGUCAGCUCACCGGCAGACUCUGGAGCAACUACACAACACCAGAUGACCCAGACAUUCAAAUUUUCUUUAAAGGAUACGUCAACACCUGCGCAUACACUGGCGCACCAGAUUCACCUGUUGAUCCAAGUGAUCCGGAUGAAAGACGUACCGUAAGGAUUGCCCCUGUUGUCACGCAUUCGAAAAGCAGUGGAACUGUUAGUUUAGCUUCCAGUAAUCCCUUCGAUAAACCCAAGAUUGUUGCUAAUUACUUGACACAUCCAGAUGACAUGAAGGUUUUGAUCAGCGGUCUCAGGCAUAUUCAACGGUUACUACAAGCUCCUAUUUUAAUCGAAAAAUACAACGCGACAUGGCAGAAGUAUAGCUACGGAAAUUGUUCAUCUCAAUAUGAGUACGACACUGACGAAUUCUGGGACUGUGCCAUAAGGUACGAUACCUACCCAGAAAACCACCAGGGCUGUUCCUGUAAAAUGGGCCUUGAAUCCGACCCAGAAACUUGCGUGAACCAACGGUUACAGUUGCACGGGAUUCCCAACAUCAGGAUUGCAGAUGCCUCGCCUAUAGUAGACCUGCCAUCUGCUAAUGUCCAAGGCAUAAUCCUAGCUAUUGCAGAACGGUCAGUUCUUUACAUUAAAGAACAAUAUCUUGGUAUAAAAGCAUUUUGAAGGAUAUAUAGAUAAAAUAUAAUCAAAUGUAAAAUUUAUAAUGUAAGUAAUAAUAAUGCUCACAUAAAACACAAUAAAUUUUAAAGUUGA